AUGGGGAAGGGAGGGUCUGUUUUGCAGAUCGUGAGAGAGAGAGAAAGAGAGAGAGAGUCCUCAGUAGAUCGAAUAUUCCAAACGAUCUUCGUUCAGUUCUUCGAACGAAGCGAGCUUCGUUCACCUCUUCGAACGAAGCUCAAUAUGGAUGAUUCGAGAGUGGCAAAGUGCACCUAUGGUGCUGGAACUUUAAUGCUUAUUUUGUCUUCAACUACUACUUUUGAUUGGCUGUCCAACGAGUUGUAUAGUAGGUUCAAGCUGAAGUUAGGUCAUUUUGAGUUGAGGGAUAAGGCUGUAGUGAAUUAUGUUCAAACUGUUAAUACAAACAUAAUUGCUUCUUCUUUUUUGUUGGAGGCUGUUCCUAACAAUGACAGUUUUGCACAAGAUGAGGAUACAUGUAAAUAUUCAAGUCAAACUGGUAGUAUUGUUGAUUCAAGUGCAGCUUCUUCUUCUUGUUUGAGUAUGGAUUUUGAUGGUAUUAGCAGUGAGUAUGGAAAUGAAUAUUUAGGCAAAUAUGGUAGGUGUGGAGGUCGUCAGUAUUUGUCUACUGAUUGGGAGGGUUAUAUUACUCAUAAGGGUCAGAAGUUUGAGGGUGGAGUUUGUGAAUUCCGUGAUAAGUUGGCUAAGUAUUUGAUUGAGAAUGGUUUUAAGAUGAAAUAUUUGAAAAAUGAGCCUCGUUGUGUUACUGCUGUGUGUGCUAAGAAGGAAUCAAAUGGCUGUGAGUGGCAUGUGCAUGCUGUUAAGUUGAAUGUAAAUGGAUUUUUUUAUAUUAAGAACUUAAAUAAUGCACACAGUUGCAGUGGUUUGAUCCGUGAAAAGAGAAAUAAGGCAAUGGGGUCUAGUUUGGUGUCUUCAAUUGUCAAAGAUAAGGUUCGUAGCAAUCCUUUGGUAAGGCCUAUUGAGCUGAUUACUGAUUUGAAGGAGAAUUAUGGAUUGGAUAUCCCUUAUCAUGUUGCGUGGUAUGGGAAGGAGUCGGCUACUAAGGAUUUGCAUGGUGAUGAGAAGUUGUCUUAUGCUCACCUGCCUUGGUAUGUGAAUGUUUUGAAGGCUAGCAAUGUCGGAUCUUAUUGUGUGCUUGACUGUGGCGAGGAUGGUUCUCGUUCCCAGCGGAUCUUUAUAUGUUUUAAGGCCUCCAUUGAUGGUUUUCGGUGGUGUAGGCUUAUGCUGUUCAUUGAUGGUACUUUCGUCACAAACAAGUACAAGGGUACUCUUCUAGGAGCUACUGCAAAGAAUGGAAAUAAAGAAGUAUUCCCUUUUGCCUUUGCGAUUGUAUCCAGUGAAACUGUGGACAAUUGGAGGUGGUUUCUGCAAAGGAUAUCUGAAGUCUUGGUGGAUGAAGGUAGGCAACUUACAUUCAUUUCUGAUAGGCAUGGUGCUAUUAUCGAUGCUAUUAGGACUGUUUUUCCUGCUUCUCCCCAUGGUUUUUGUCUAUAUCAUUUGAAAGAGAACUUGAAAAAGAAGUAUCCGCAUGCUGUUGGUUUCUCUUUCAAGGUUCUUAUUUUAUGGCUUUUUUGUAUGGGGGAGGUUAGUAAUGCCUUGUCCGAGUCGUUUAAUUCAUGGGUUAAGGAUGUGCGUAGGCUUCCAAUUUAUGAGAUGAUUGACACUGUUAGGAUCAAAAUGAUGGAGAUGAUUUCUAGGAGGAAGCUUGCAUCCGAGAAAUGGAGUAGUGUUUUGUGUCCUGUUAUUGAGGAUGAGUUGAAGAAUUUAGCUGCAAAGGGUCGUCAUUGGAGGAUAUGUCGCGCAAGUGAAUCUAAUUUUGAAGUUCAUGCUGAUUUGAGUGUUAUGGUCAAUUUGGACGAGAGGUUUUGCUCCUGUUAUCAGUGGCAAUUGCUUGGGUUUCCGUGUCAGCAUGCGAUUCAAGUUAUCCAACAUUCCAGGUUAUGUUUGUACAACUUUGUGGAUGAGUAUUACAAGGCAGACUUUUAUAGGGCUACUUAUGCAACCCCUAUAUUUCUCAUACCUGAUAUUGAGAAGCCUCCUCCUGAAGAUGUUUUUCUUCUACCUCCUCAUACAAGAAAGCCUCCGGGACGACCUCCGACAAAGCGCUUCAAGUAA